AUGAUUAGUGAUAACGGUGCACAUCUUGAAUUCCGUCUGCGUCUACCACGAUCUGAUCAAACUUGCCCUGCGGACCAAAAAUUUGGAGGAUUUUGGUAUCCUUGGUGGAUUCUCAAAUUUGAGGGCGUCGGCUACACUAAAAGUAACGAGGAGGUUGACAGAGCCAUCAAGGAGGCUGUCGCUCUCAUGCUUCGCGCCCUCCAAGCAGACGAGAACUCCAUACCUCUGAAUCACGACUUCGUCUUCUAUCCACAACUUUCUCCGGAGUUGAUCAGUCUCUCCACUCGCUGUUCGGCUCUACCAACUCAUCCGUUCACUGAACAGGUUCCACAGGCUAUUGAAGAGAUUGGACGUCCUCCAUCGUUGUCAACUGCGUCGAAUAUCGUUAAUCCUAGCGUCUGUCCUCCUCCAACUGCUGAUCCAAAUGGGACUAAUUUCGCACAGGAGGGCGAUUUGAGUGAUACUACCCCAUCAGCUGAAUCUCCAGUGGAUAGGAAUUUGCACCAAGCUUUCACAGCAGUCCCAAAUAUGCCCAUGGAAGGCGGUACCUUUCCCUUGAAUAUCCCCUCCUAUUUGAACCAAGUCCCUUCUCUUGUUUCUUACCCUGGCUCUGGUCUAGAGGAAGUGCCGCCAAUAUUAAAUAUUGGACAAUCCGAGAAUGUGGUCUAUGCUUCUUCUAACUCGGCGCCUUCUUUUCCCGUUCAGAUGGAAUCCACUCAUUUCUACCCAACUGAGUCGGCCAAUACAUAUGACAGUGUGGAGUCCCUGCCUGUGUAUGUCAAUCCUUCAUUUGGUCAUCCGAAGGAUCCGGAUGUUUUCGUGACCUUGAAAGUUCCAGCUCAUGCUCAAGCACUGGCUGCCCAAUUCGCUCAUCACUUGUGCACAAGCCGACGUAGUGAUCCAAUCCUAAUUGUUCCUAGUGAUGCAAACACUUCGGGGUAUAUGUCAGUGCUGUAUGAAAAUGUUUCCUUCCUUUGCUCAAGAAACGGAGUAGGGAGUGGAUUUAGCGUUAUGCCUAUUCCUGCAACAUCAUCUUUCCUGGAGGUUCAGAAUAAACCGAAUUUAACUCAAAACAGUAGCAAAGUGAUACGAGCUCCUUACAAUGGUUAUGUAGUUGUUAACCCCGAGGGAGAGAUGCACUGUGUUCAAAGGCCGAUGGUUAUUCUUCCAGGAAACACUCAGCGCCCUCUUAUGGAAUUGCCCCUAUUGUCGUCUGAUGGGUCUUCAGUUCAAUUGGAUGAUAUUGUCACGCUGUUGAUGCAUUUACGUGAGGGAGCAGGGUCGAGUGGUACUUCGUCUUCUACCACCGUAUCAAGAGAUCAAUCCACAGUGGAUACAAACUACUAUAGUUUGCCCUUAAAUGCUGCCAGACCUCCACCAACACUUCAGGCGUCACACCAGUCUCAACAAGCCUCUUUCACUAGACAGCAGGCUCAAGCCUCUAUUAACCUUAGGCCGCCUCUUCCACCCCGAUUGCCGGCUGGAUCACUUUUGCAUGCAGACUUAUCUGGAAUGACACCCAGCUCAUCCCAGGACUAUCCCCCGCCUCAAGCGAAUAAACCACCGACGGCGGUCUCUUCGAAUACCACUCGUCCACAGCCUAACCAAUCAGGGCAGAACCAGCAACUUCAGCAAAUAUUGGCCUCGGCUCUUGCUGCUCAGGGAACCAAGGCGGAUCAAGUUCAACAGCAGCAGCCCCAACAACAACAAAUGCUGUCUAACGUGGAUUAUUUAAUUUCUCUCCUCUCCACAAAUCCCUCCCUCUUUCAAGCCAUCUUAUCAUCGAUGUGUAACAGCGCCACUCCCUCUUCAGUCCCCUCCCAGCCUUCUUCAAGCGCCAGCCUCCCUGCCGCCAAUACAACACCUCAAUCUUCCGCCCCCUUGUCUCUGUGGGCUAGCAAUGCCUCAUCCAUCGCAAGUAGCAAUGAUCUCGUGAAACAGCUUCUCAUGCGCUCAUCAGGUGCUGCCAUAGCUGAGGGAAUUGGCGGAGGCUAUAUCUUACAGGCUCCACCUCACUCAGGUGGUGGAAUGACUUCUGCUGCACCGCCGACCGCUCCGAUUACUUCGGGUGUGGCUCCACAACAGGUUCCCACUUCUGUAUCUGCGGCAGUUCAACAGGUGUUUACUACUUUGCCUCCAGCCCAGUCCCAGCCUCAUCAACCUCAAGCUAUUGAGAUGGUGUAUGAACAGAACACUGGGCCUGCUAUGCAACCACUCCUGGUGCCCACCUCUCCAUCAUCAGUCAUACAGCCUCGAAUGACUCAACCUACAAUUGCAGUUCCAAUUGCGACCCAACAGCCGCAAGUGUCUCAGCAACAAGGACAAAUUGCUGCCAACCCUCCACCACAACCGAUGCUCCAGCAACAACCCCCAGCACUAGUACCUCAACAAAGCCAACAACCACCUCAAGUUAUUCAACAUCAAGUUCAGCAACCACCAGCCGCCAAAGUUAUGCAGCAGCAGCAGCAGCCCCCGCCACAACAAAUUCAUCAAGUUCAACAGUCCCUUGCUCCUCAAGUUAUUCAACAACAACAGCAACAGCAACAGCCGCAAUCAACUCAACAAGUGCACCAAGUUCCACAGCAUAAGCCUCAGUCCCAAGCGGCCCAAACCUUACAACCCCAGCCACCACAACAGCACAUGCCAAUCCCGGGUUCAGUUGGCAAUCAGUUGGUUGGAAAUGGUGCUGUUGAGGCGACAAAGAUGCCGGCUCCGCAUAAAAUUCCCGCUCCUCUGACUUCAGUGCCUCAGGUUCAACAGCCCAUGGUACCACCACCUCACCCACCUUCACAGCCUGUUGCCAUGGUAUCCCAGCCCUCUCCUCCUCAAGUUGUAAUGGCGCCAACUAUGCCAGUUGCUGCUGCUCCCCCUCAACAGCCGCUUCCACCGGUACUUGCUCCCGCCUCGGUUGCUCUCAUCCCCCCAACACCGGCUCAAGUUGCACGACCUCCUUUACCAAUUACCACGUCGCCUCCAGCCGCGCCGUCAAAGUUUGUGGUGUCAUCAGUUGCUUCAGUACCUGCCGCCAGUGCAACAAAUGUAAUUGGUAGAGAGGGUGCCAACUCCUUGAACCCCACCACGUGUCCACCGGCGGCAUUUGUAUCUGCUCCUCAGUCAUCUCCAUCUUCUCAGGCUGCUGUUAGUGUUGUUGGGAAUAAAUUCACAGUCUUGCCAGUUGACCAAAUUCUGAACCAACCAAUUCCUCCCGAGUCCACUCACCCUCCUUCACAGCCUGUCCCACCAUCUCAGUUGCCUCCAAUGGCCUCCCAAAAUCCUGUAUUCCCUCCUCAAGGGCAGCCCCCAGUUCCAACUGUCUCUGCUGUUGCUGCGCCCAAGAAAAUCCCACCCAAGUUCACGGUGACAGCAGUUGAUGAUGUGUCCGCACCUCCUCCACUGCCAAGUGUCAUCAAUGGAUCGAAUUCAUUGUCAUUGAAAGCUCCACAACGGCGUGAGACUCUCUUGAAGGCUGUAUUGGACGGUGACCUUUCGACAGAAUGCCCACCACCCCCGACAACCCCCUCCAAUGUCAAUACGAAUUCUGUUAUGAACACUCCUACGCCUUCUCCGCCACUUUGUGUUGCGCCUCCGCCCUCUCCUCCCCCUCCUCGAAAAUCGAUUCCCCGUAACCCUAAUGUACCUUCACAGAUGUAG